GAAAUAAAGAAACUACUAUUGUUCAUGCUCCAUUACCGUCUACUAGCACUAGAGCCAGUACUAUUAAUAAGACAAUACAAUCAAUUGUAAACAUCAUUAAACCCGCUUGGUUAAGUAUUCUUUUGGUUUUCAUCCCACUUGGAAUUAUUUCUUAUUAUUUGCAUUGGGGUGAUGCUUCGACUUUUUCAUUGAAUUUUUUGGCCAUUAUUCCUCUUGCAAAACUUUUGGGAACGGUCACAGAAGAUAUUGCAUUGAGAAUUAGUCAAAAGAUUGGUGGUCUUUUGAAAGCAACAUUUGAAAAUGCUGUCGAAUUGAUUGUUUCAAUUAGCGCCAUUCGUCAAGGCCUAAUACGAGUCGUUCAAGCGUCAAUAUUGGGUUCAAUUAUCUCAAAUCUGCUGUUAGUAUUAGGAAUGUUUUUCUUAGUAGUCGGAUAUCACGUAAAAGAAUACAAUUUCAACCAGACGGCAGCUCAAACUCGCGCAAGUUUGAUGACACUAGCGUGUAUUGCAUUAAUUAUUCCCACUGCAUUACAUGCAAAUGCUGACAAAAAUGAAAUUACACAGGGAAUUCUCAAUUUGAGUCAUGGAACGGCGGUAGUUUUGCUUAUUGUUUAUGCAUUUUACUUAUAUUUUCAAUUGAAAACUCAUAAGUAUCUACAUAAUGAAAUCCACGAAGACGCAGAGCUAGAGGAGCUAGAGGAGCGAGAAGAACCGCAACUUUCAUUAUCAAUAUCAGUUGCAUUGUCAGCAGUUAUCACAGUUGCAAUCGCAUUCUGUGGCGAAUUCCUUGUUAGUUCGAUCGAAGGCAUCAGCGAAACUUCGGGUUUGAGUAAGACCUUUGUUGGUCUUAUUCUAAUACCGAUAGUUAGUAAUGUAGCUAAUGCAGCAGAGCAUAUGGCUGCCGUUUCCGAGGCAAAAGGCGAUAUGGAUCUGAUCAUUGGCGCUGCGGUCGGAAGUUCUAUA